AUGAGGAGCAGCAUCUCGGGUUGCGGAAGCUACGAUCCGGAUGGGCGAGUUCACCCAGAUCGCCAAAAGCUUCUUCGCAACGACGGUCCAUUGUCUCACUCACCUCAAGUCACUCCACACCAAGAUAUGACGCUCGCACCAGAUGGCUCGUUGGACACGCAGGCUGAAGGCAGUGUAUCGAUUGUAUCACUGCAAGAGCACAAUCGAGUAUCAUCGUCACCCCGGGCGCUGCCUCAACCUCCUCAAGAGCUCAAAGCCAAGCGUAGCUUCGACCAAAUUACCUCCCGCUCGCCGUCUCCGUCCCAUGUGCGCAUCAAGCUCGAAGAAGAGAGCUCGCCUGAACCAGAUGUCAGUAGUUGCAGUACCGGAAGCAAUUCGAAUUUCAGGGAUACCACGGAGAACGACGGGCGCUACUUCGACCCUAUUCUCGAUCCUGUCCCUGUCGGGCUUGGACAAGCUAGCAGGGUGACUACCUGGGACCCUCAAGGUAACGGAGUCGGCUGGCAGAUUCUUUGCCUUGGUGCAAGCUUCGGGCGACGCAAAAUCUGCGGUUACCUUUGCUUCUCGGACACAGCACAGAUGCGCACAUGGGAAGAAUCAGAUCCUAAGCGCUGGGAAUACAUCGAGAGCCUCAGCUCGCUCACGCGCGCCAAAAUCGAACUGACCGACGUCUUGCGGAUCAUCUGUAAUGACGGUGGGGCUCUAGCCACUACUGUUGCAGCAUACAUGGACAGUUUGGAGCCAUGGGUAUGGCACAAAGACGACAAUAAAGUCUUCAGACUCCAUACUGUCACCGUCGCUGCCAUGACUCAAAUCAAUGUCGGCCUCCCGCAUUUGAUCCUUCGAGUUGGGAUGGCUAUCGUCUGGUUGAUCCGCAGCUCACCCGCCCAAUUCCGUGGAUCCGGCACUUUCAAUACCCCUUACUUCUGGUACGCUCCUGAGGACGUUAGCCGAGCUUACUGGUAUCUGAAUAACCUGCGUUGCAACCCCCGCGAACGAGAAAGGGAAGGUACGAAACCUGCCAAGAUAGCAAGGCCAAUGAGAAUGGGGACGGAUGCAGGCUUAUCAUCUCUCCACAACUCGGUAUCCGAAGGUGAAUGGGCUGGAAGGUUCCUGAGGAAGGACAUAGUCUCUAAGCAGGAGAGGAUUUCGGAAAAGCAGAGCGAGCACACGGUCAGGCGGGGUGUCAAGAUAAACAGGUGGGGCGACAAGACAGGCCAAUGGCGCAACAAAGCAGAAAUACGAAGCGAGGAUAUGGCAGCACAACUCCUCCGCCUACGCACCUGGUCCUACAACACCUAUUCCUUCGACAACAUCACGGACGAGACCGAACUAGACAGACUAAUGGACCUCGCUCGCGUUCACACCAAGCCCCAGACCAGGAAUCUCGAUGUCUACAGGUCAGCCUGUAUGGAAGUAGAGCUCUUCGUGUGGGCUAAAUCCCAUCCAAGUAUCCUCGACGAUCGCUCCAAAGAUACGUUUGCCGACUUCAAGACACUUUUAGUUUGGCUUCAUGCCCGGGAUAUUGCGGUUGGAGACGACGAGGGGGUUGCGGGACUCAUGGAGGAUGCGGUUAAGGCUGUGGUUGCCGCUGACAGGGGUGGUUACAAUGGCAAGAAGGCUGCGGUUAAGGAGAUGGUGUAUAUGGCAGACCUCGGGAUGGGUGAGGUAUCUACCGGGUGA